AACAUCCUAUCUUCUCUGCAACUGCAACUGCAACUACAAGUUCAACUUCAUGGCGGCACUUGAUUGGGCUUCCUCCUCCGAUGCAUCCACAACUGGAUUUUCAAGAUUUGAUGUGUUUCUCAACUUCAGGGGCGAAGAUACUCGCAAAAACUUCACUAGUUUCCUUAAACUACUUCUGAAAGACAGAGGAAUCAAUGCCUUCAUUGAUAGUGAACAUUUGUGGGUUGGAGAACCCAUUGGUCCUGCCCUCGGAAGAGCGAUCAAAGUAUCCAAAAUCUCUAACCCUAUCUUCUCUAAAGGUUAUGCCGACAGCAAAUGGUGCCUGCGGGAACUUGAUCAGAUAGUUCGAUGCCACAGAUCUGACGGUCAAAUUAUCGUACCCAUCUUCUUCGACGUUGAGCCAUCACAAGUUCGGAAUCAGACCGGAAGUUUUGAAAAAGCAUUUCAGGAACAUGAGAAGAAUUUUGAUCCAGAUACCGUAAAAACUUGGAGAGAAGUUUUGACAGUGGUUGGUAAUUUGAAAGGAUUUGAUUUGGACAAAAACAAGGUUCAGGCAGAAGUAGCUGAAUGA